AUGCAGAACAAAUGCCUGUUAGGGUUGAUUUUUCUGUCGUGCACGAACAGAUGCAUUACCCAGAGCAUUCAAACAAUCAACAACUGCACGUGUCAGACAGUUGAUGGUAGCUUUUAUAGUCUGUGGCCCUUCAGAGGAACAGAAAAACCACACUUUGAUGUUCCUGGAAAGAAGUACCCUGGUUGGAAGUAUGCUUACAAUCCUUGCACCUCUAUGACAUUUGGACAAGAUGAUCCAGACCAUGGAAAAAUAUGUCAUGAUAUCGGAAUAUGUAAAUAUCCUGAAAUAGAAAAACCGCGUGAUUACCUACAAGUUGGUGUGCAGACAGGGGUCAGAUGUGCACUAGGCGAGGAAGGAAAGAUUGAGCUGGUGUAUAAAACAAACGAACCCUCAAUCGACAAAAAACAUUCAACGGUACAGCUUAUUUGUGACCAGACUAUUUUAUUCCCGGUUUUCGAAUCCAAGGAUGAAGAUAACUAUAUAUUCACCAUAAAAACCAAAUGCGCAUGUCCAAAUCAGUGUUGGCCUGUGCCUGCGCCAACAGGCCCAACUAAGGUGAUACCGACGACAACAGGCCCAACGAAGGUAUUACCGACGACAAUAGGCCCAACGAAGGUAAUACCGACGACAACUUCAAAUUCAACGGAACACAGUCCUGAAGAUUCAAAAUUGUCUGAUUGGAAGCUGUACAUUUUGCUACCGGCUCUUGUAGGAGUUAUCGUCAUCAUGCUUUGUUUUCUAUAUAUGUGGUGGCAUAUUCUUGCUUUUAGAAAUGCCCUGAAUCGCAGAUGCUGCCAUUGUCUGGGAGAGUAUGAACCGAUCGUAGAGGAACAAAGAAACCACUUUGAACAAACAAAGACAACUAACCUUAUCAAAAACAAAGAUAAGGCUGUUGAAGACGAGGAUUUUGAUGUAAAAGACGAACUGGUCGAGCCAGUUCAAGAGGAAGACGUGGGGGACAAGUCCCAAACUGUUUGGAAAAAUGACGUUUUAUCAUUAGUUUUGUAA